AUGGCUUGGUCUACCGUCUUUAUCGCCUGGUCUACCUGGACAGCCAUCUUACUGCUAGGGGUCACCGGUGUCCUCAUCCACGAUGUGAUCUUAUGGAAGCGUAUGCCGCCGGGUCCGCAGCCGUUGCCAUUCAUCGGGAACAAACUUGACGUGCCCCAGAAAUACCCCUGGAUCAAGUUCCGAGAAUGGUCGCGCAAGUACGGCCCAAUCUACACGGUCUGGUUCGGCCGGCGACCGACGGUGAUCAUUUCUGACCCCGUUGUCGCGGUGGACUUGCUCGAGAAGCGAUCCCACAAGUACAGCUCGCGACCGAGGUUCGUCGUCAUGGGCGAGAUCUUCUGGGAUAUGUCGAGCAUCCUGGCCCAACCGUACGGCAAAGACUGGUCGGUGCGGAGGAAGGCAUUGCACAGUGUACUCACCCAGCGUGCCCUGCAGCACUACAAGCCUGUGCAGGAAGCAGAGGCAACUCGUCUAUGCCAGCAGCUGCUCCAGCGGGCCGUGCCUGACGACCUCGACGACCUGCUCAAUCGCUACACAGCAUCAAUCGUGUUUACUAUUGCCUAUGGGCAUCGCAUCGACAGCAUGCAGUCGCCCAUUAUCCGCCAACGGAUGAAGAUCAUGCACUGGAACGCCACGGUCAACGUGCCUGGCAGGUAUUUGGCCGAGUCGUUCCCAUUUCUCAAGUAUGUUCCCGACAUGUUCGCCCCGUGGAAGCGUGAAGUCAAGUCAUGGGGGCUGGAGGAGGCUGCCGCCAACGCUCAGCUGCUGGAUUAUGUGCGCGAGGACAUGGAGAACGCCAGGAAGCCCGGGGCUCGCCCCUUGCCAAACAGCCUGGCGAAGCAGCUGCUCGAGGCGCGCGCUGAGAACCCGGCGGCGUUCGCAUUGCUCCGCAAACGUGAUUUUGCCAGCUUGCCGUCUUCAGUGUUCGGUGCAGGGGCCGACACCACGGCAUCCACGCUGUCGUCUGCAAUCCUGGCCAUCGUCACAAACCAAGAAGCCCUCGCUGCUGCGCACGCCGAGCUUGACGCCGUCGUUGGCACGGAUAGGCUGCCCGCAUUCACCGACGAAGCGGCACUGCCUUACAUCCGGGCGCUCUGCAAAGAGGCUCUGCGCUGGCGCCCCGUCGCCGUGCUGGGUGGGACGCCGCACGCCAGCACCGAGGCUGAUGUGUACCAGGGCUACUACAUUCCCAAAGGCACCAACAUCCUGGGAAAUAGCUGGGCCAUCAACCUGCAUGAAGAAUACUACCCGAACCCGGACCGCUUCAACCCUCUGCGAUUUUUGGAUGUCGAUCCGCACGAGCUAGGUUACCUGCCGCCAUCCUACCUGGCCAGUACGCGUGUAGAAACGGGCCGCCCGCACCCCAGCAAGCUCGGCCACAGCAGCUUCGGCUGGGGCCGUCGCAUCUGCCCCGGCGCCGAUCUAGCAUCGAACAACCUGUUCAUUGCGGUCGCCCGCAUGCUGUGGGCCUUCGACAUCAGGCCCAUCAAGGGCGUCGUCUAUGACACCUACAACUACACUGACGGAUUCAACAGUCGUCCGAACCCGUUCGAGUGCGAGAUCAUGGUUCGCAGUCAACGGCAUGAGGAAGUCCUGAGGGCCGCGUUCGUUGAUAGUCAGGACUAUCUGGAGAGUAACUUCCCGCUUUUCAAGGAGCAUGAGAUCGUGGUUUGA